AUGUCGACUCCGGCCGCAAACUUGGGAGACUUCCUUCGAGUAUUGAUGGCAGUGCAGGCUGUGAUCCUGACAGAGUGGUUCUCAAAGUCGUUGGACUCCUUGGGCACCAUCAUUUCCGACGUCGGCAUCGAAGUCGACCCCGCCAAGUGGGUGCGUAUCCGUCAGUGGCCGAUCCCUUGCAACAAGACCGAUGUCCAGCGCUUCCUCGGCACCGUCAACUGGAUGCGAGAUCACCUACCGCACCUCUCAAAGAUUUUGGAGCCGAUCACCGCGUUAAUGGCGCAAGCGACGUCAUGGCGUUGGAACGAGCGAGAACAGCAGGCUUUCGAUACCGUCAAGUCCCUUGUGCCCGCCAUCCUACGACCGAUCGAUGGCGCCAAGGUUACCUCGGGCGAGCACAAGAUGUACCUCUUCACGGAUGCCAGUCGGGUUGGCAUUGGCGCUUGUUUGGCAUCCGGUCCCAACCGUUCGCAGGCCGUUCCAACGCGAUUCUUUUCCGCUAAGUUCAACGGUGCUCAGCUCAACUAUCAUGUCACUGAUAAAGAGUUCUUGGCUGUCGUCUCGGCGUGUCGGGCGUUCGAGCAGCACUUGAUCGGUUACCCCUUCGUCAUCGUCACCGACCAUCAGGCCCUUCGCACGAUAAAAACCCAAAAACUGCGCCAAACGCCUCGGCACAUCCGCAUGUGUCUCGAACUCAGCCGUUUCGACUUCGAAUUUGAAUUCAUUGCUGGCAAGAACAACACCCUGGCCGAUUCGUUGUCGCGUCUGUGGGAGGUCAAGCAGGGUUCACACGAGGAUCAGGUCAAGGAGAAUGAGUUGGAGGACAUGUUCUUUGAUGGAGAACGCCACGAAUUCACUACACCCGGUGAGAGCCUCCCUGAGGAACGUCCUUGCACUUCACCAUCUCCUGAUCGGUUGCCUCCUGUUGAUUUUGCCCUCGGGCCCCAACACAACGAUUGCGAGGCAGGCUCUCCCGGAUACUACGCGCUCAAGGAGGAAUUGCAAGACGAGGACGUGAAUGGACAGGAAUUAGGGAAUUUGUUCUUGAAGGAAGAAUGCCACGAGUUCAUUACGCCCGGUGAGAGCCUCCUCGAGGAACGUCCUUACACCUCACCUUUGCACGAUCGGUUGCCCCCUGUUGAUUGCGCCUUCGGGCCCUGGGGUCACGGUUACGACGCAGGCUCUCCCGGUUCCCCUCAUCUGGCCGAGAACAUUAUGGACACCGUCGAUUGGUCUAUCGGCCGCCUUUCUCCUCCCAUCACUGUCAAUCGAGUUCACGCUAUCGCUGCGGCCCCCGCCAACGACCCGCCCAUUCCGGUCGAUGCCGACGCCGACGAACUCGAUUUGUUGGGAGUUGCCACCGAUGACGUCAACAACACCCCUGUAGUCCAUCGGCCGCCUGAUCCAUUGCCCCAACCCUUCCUCGACACCGUCAUCCGAGCAUACGCCAACGAUUCGCAAGCCCAGGUCAUCAUUACCGACCCGCUAUCAUGGCCUAUGUUUCGGGUGACCGAGGAAGGGAGGAUUUUGCGUGUACAUCCAGAUGAGUCUAUUUCCUUGUUUGUGCCUCGUGGUCUCGCUACCGGCGUCGUCAACUCCGACAAGGUCCCAUCGCUGCGCGAGCUCGUGCUUUCGGAGAUUCAUCGAAGUGUCGGGCAUGCAGGACAUCGCAUCACCUUGGCCGCCAUACGUCCUUUGUACUGGUGGUCGUCCAUGUCUGCCGAUUGCGCCGAGUUCUGCCGUUCAUGUGAAGACUGUACCCGAGGCAAGGCGUCCACUCAAGUCCCCUAUGGCCGACUGCAUCCGAUGCCAAUCCCUUCUGGUCCUUGGGAACAAGUGGCCAUCGACUUCAUGACAGGACUGCCUCCGGUCGAGCUCGAAGGGAUGAUGGUUGCUCAAAUCAUGGUGGUCACUGACACUUGGGGCAAGAUGGUCCACCUGAUUCCCCUCCCAGCCGAUGCCGACUCGGAGCUCGUUGCCGAGAAGUACUACGCCACCGUCUUUCGACUGCAUGGGAUGCCUUCCGCCAUCGUUUCCGACCGUGAUCCCAAGUUCACCUCGCAGUUUUGGCGGGCAUUGCAGGCAAAGAUUGGCACUGUCUUGCGAAUGUCAACCGCGGCACACCCCGAGACGGACGGAUCGAGCGAGAAUCGGAUCAAGAUGGUCACCCAAACCCUGCGGAUCAUGGUCUCGUCAAACCACGAGGCUUGGGCAUUGUUGAAUUGCAUUCUGUCAAGCCUUCGAACACUUCGACAUCGGACCGCCGUUUGACGGACUUGCCCGCCUUUCGCCUCGCGCCUUCGCCUCAGCGCCUUGCCUCCGCGCGCUUUCGCCUCGGUGCCUCGCCUCCGCGCGCCUUCGCCUUCGCAAGCCCUCACUGCGCCCCCUGUCUCUCGAGCCUCACCGCAUGAUCCUGCGCCCAGCCUCGUUCCUCGACCCCUGUGCGCCUUUGUCAACUCGCCCACAUCUUGGUCUGUUCACCCGGUCGUCGCCUGCCCUGCCUGCACGCCACCACACACCUGCGCCACCUCUGCACCUUCGCAAGCCGCUGCCAGCCCUGCCUUCGCGCCUUCGCCUUCGCACGCCCUCGCAUGGCGCUGUCUGUCUUGUCAGUGCACCUUCACUGGCCCGUGUUCUUCGUCUCCGUCCGAGUGCCCCUGUCAACGCCCUCGUACCUUUGACUGCCGCUUGGUCGCCCAUUGCGCCCAAGGCCGCCCUUUCGCCGAUGCUUCCGUGCCAGCCUGCUCAACUCACGCUCGCACGCCGCCGCCCUCACGCCCGGACUUAGUCAGCCCGCAUUCUCCAGCUUUGCCGAGUCGAUGCUUCCGCCCAGCUACCUCCAGUUCGCCGCCGCCGCUCUCAUGAUUCAUCGGCCAUCCAGAGCAUCGCCCAUGCAUGACGUCCGUCGUUUGCAACCUGGAUCUCGUCGCUGCGGAUCGCCUCGCUCAUCAACACUUGACCUUGUGGAUAAGUUUCCCUUCGUGCCGUCGUCCAACACGACACCUCUCGACGCCCUGAUGGCCCGCUUGGAGUCUGGUCCUUGAAGCUUUGCAUUGGGUGCCUGCCCAGUUAGAUUCUCUGUGCGCUCCCUUGCUAGAACCUCACCCGACUCGCGCGCUCCCGCGCCUCUUUCCCUUUUCUCUAUCGUUUCAUCUCAUCAUUCAGACUGCUGAGAUUCGCUAGAGAACAGAUCGCUCGGCUGCGCCGCGGCUGCCUCUCCAGGCCGCGUCUUCACCGCCUCGCGACUUCUCGACCGGGGAGCACUUUGCUACGUCGUUCUGCCUCGCAACCUCCCGAAACGAUCCGGUCCGUGCCGCCUCACGAUUCUCCAGCGACCCCCCCGGUCCCAACUUAACAGGCAUCUCGUCUUGUUGAAGCUGAGUUCGCUCUUAACUCUUCUGUUGCUGUGUCCACGUCGCUGUCGGCUUUUGAGGCAACCUACGGCUACCUUCCUCGACGUUGGCCCUCGGAUUCCUGGUCUGUCUCGGACGUCCCUCGUGCGGAAGCGUUUGCUCGGAUCCGACAAUUACGGAACCUCGACGUGACGGAUGUGAUCAUUGGAGCACGCCUCAACCAGUCCCAUCAGGCCAACAAGCAUCGACGCCCAGACGACCCCGCCUUUCGGACCGGCAGUUACGUCUAUCUUUCGACAAAGAACCUGGCAGUUCCUGACGGCAUGAAGUCGAAGUUGUUGCCGCGCUACAUCGGCCCCUUCCGUAUCCGAGCGGCCAUCCCUGCGACGUCCAGCUACGACCUCGAGCUCCCUCCAGCGAUGUCGCGAGUGCACAAUCGUUUCCAUGCUCGACUGCUUCGGCCUUGCGUUGAGAAUGAUGCUGAAAGGUUUCCUGGGCAUGACCCCGCAGUUCUUUUUGUCGAAGACGUAGCCGACGCGGCCGACAAUUCUGCGAUUCCGGAACGGAUUGUUCGCGAUCGGCGGAACGCUCGGGGCGCUCGUUCGUUCUUGGUUCGAUGGGUAGGCCGUAACGACACCGACGAUACUUGGAUGUCAGAGCAGUCCAUUCGCCUUGACCAUCCGUCCGUCCUCGACGCCUACCUCGCGCGCCUCGAUCGCUCGAACCGCCGCCUCGCCGCACGGUAG